AUGGAUUCUAACGAUAUCAAAGCACAUGCAGUCACCAAAAUGGAGCCAUCUACAAAACAAGCUCUGGAUCCAUCUGCUGAACUGGAGGAAAUAGAAACGACGGAAACCUUUGAUUUUACCAAAGGAGAAAAAGUGGUGCCACUUGUGAACCCAUUCAGUCUUCCCAAAUUAAAACUGCCAAAUCCUCGCAGGAUAGAAACAAAUCGACAUUACUCUUCCAAAGCCAAAGCACUUGAGCAGUUUGGUAUUCCACUAAGUGGACCGAUGUCUAGAUUGCUGCUAAAAGUGAGCCGGAUAAGAGAUUUUAUCAGGCUACUGUUGAAUUAUCCCAUGAGAACAGUGCACCAUAGCAAACUUAAGGCUUGGAUUCAAGAAGCUUCAAGUAGGAGACAUUCUCUGGAUGAUUUGGAUCGCCUUGUCAGUCAGAAGCCUCUUGAAUGCUUCCAAGGCCUUUUACCAAUGCACAUAUUAAAGAGCGUGGAAAGUGGUUGGAGUCCCAACUAUGCUUAUUCCAACGGGACACCAGAAGACAUUCUCAAUUUAUCUGCGAAUCUUGCUGUGGAUCAAUUGGUUCAAACUUUAUUGUCUAAGGAUGAUCAUGUACGAAACAUUCACCAUGUCCAGUUCUCUGCGAGAGAUGCAGCUGAAAAAAGACUAGUUAAGGAAAAAAUAGAAUCAGCCUUGAAAGACAAGGAAAUUAUGCUUCGCCUUCAUGAAACCUUCUCCAGAAUCUUACUCAUUGACACCUCAGAUUACCAAGGUCCUACUGCGGAGAUCCAUGUUCAACAGCAGAUAGCUCAACAACUUCAUCUUCCACUGAUAGAAGGCAAUGACGAUUUGCUUAAAGCAAGUAUUGAGAAAGAGAUGUCAAGAAAAAAAUACUUGGUGCUUUUGGUGGAUGGAGAAGCCAAAAAGCCUCUUGAUCCUAGGAAAGCGGGUUUUCCUGAAGAACUUGCAGGAGUUGUGGUGUGCAUUACCACUGAAUCUUCGAAGCAGGCCAAUAGUGACUUAACAGUGGCAAUGGAUCUGAAUAUCAACACAACGGAUCACUUAUUGCCAUGGGAAGUUUUCUGUGCAAACAUCGGAAUUCCGAUUUUACCAUCAUCUCAUGCGAGAAUGGCUGUGCGUAUAGUUAAAGAAUGUGGUGCUCAUCUUCUUGCCUGUGUCAUUGUGGCAAGAUCACUAAGGAAUGCAAAAUGUGUUUCACAAUGGAAACAUGCUCUGGUCAAAUUGAGUUCGCUUCAUCAUUGCUAUGACAUUGGUAUGUUUCGAGGCCAAAGCAGCGUCUUACAUAAAGCAUUCAUAAACUUCAUCUGGCUUGAUUUAAGUGAGACACAAAAAUGUUGUCUUACAUCAUGUUUAUUCGUUUCUAAAUUUUGGAAGCCAGAAAAUGAGUUGAUAAAUUAUUGGAUUUCUUCUCAAUUAGUGGGUGCUGGAGAAGCAAAGCAUAAUCUGACAGAGCUUGUGGAGCGUUUUGCCUUAUUGCAAUCAGAGGACAAGAAGCCAAGGCACAUUCAAAUUCCACGAGACUUAUAUGAUAUCUUGCAAUUAUUAAACACUCAGAAUCCUCGGUUCUUGAAAAAAUCUGAGUUAGGGUUGGUUGAACCACCAAAGAGUGAGCUAUGGCAUACUGCUAUAUAUAUUGACUUGGCAGACAAUAAGCUAUCUGAGCUACCUUUUUCCCCGAAUUGUCAUGAACUCAAAGUGUUGAAGCUGCACAACAAUGCUGAUUUGACAAAAAUUCCCCCUCAUUUCUUCUUUAAAAUGCCUCAGCUUUGCGUCUUGGAUUUGUCCUACACUAGCAUUAGAGAAUUACCGAACUCCUUUUUUGAGUUGGAGCAACUUAGGGAACUCCAUAUGAAAUCUUGUGAAUGCUUCAUGAAACUAUCCUCAGAGGUUAGGAAAUUGAAGAAUCUAGAGAAGAUUGAUCUUGACAAGACUCAGAUUAUACAUUUGCCAAAGGAGAUCCAGGAACUAACCAAUCUCCAAAGUUUGACUCUUUCUUUGUACGAGUAUCGUGGCAAGAAAAGUAAAGAAUAUACGAGCUCAGCAGUUAUUCCUUCUGGGGUGAUUUCAAAGCUUAAAGGCCUAAAACAUUUGAGCAUUGAUGUAAACCCCGAUGAUGAGCGAUGGGAAGAGAAUUUGCAAGUCAUUCUACCAGAACUCUGGGCAUUAGAAUGCUUGCAAACAAUUAGUUUGUAUAUUCCAGCACUAGAACUUUUAAAUCUCAUGCCUGCACGCAUUUUUGAGCUUGAUUUUAGAUUCAUUGUUGGCAGACAUAUGUCAAGGAUCAUUUCAGGUGCAUUGCCCACAGUUGAAGAAAAAUUUAAACAAAGUGAGUGCAGCGUAAAGUUUGUGAAAGGUGUUGAUGUCCCUUAUGAAAUAACAAGUGUUGUUAGACAUAGCAAGGCUUUAUUUUUAGACAGACACAUGACCAUCAAGGAUCUCUCAAAAUUUGGCAUGACGAGUAUAGAGCAAUUACAGGUGUGUAUAUUGGCUGAAUGUAAGGAGAUGCAAACAAUUGUUGAUGGAAGAUGCUCGAGCAGUAAAGAUAUACUUCCCCGUUUGCUAGUGUUGAGGGUAUCAUACAUGAAGAAUCUAAGAAGCAUUUGUGAAGGAGAAGUUCAUUCCAGUCACAGCUUUGGUAUGUUGAAGACCUUAGCAUUGCACAAUUGUUCUAAGUUAACAACUGUUUUCACCUUGGAUUUUCUGGGCAACCUUUCACUCUUGAAGAUGCUUGUAGUUAAAGAUUGUCCAAAAAUAGGUGCUUUAAUAACUUAUGGACCAACCAAACCUGGAGCAGGCACUUUCCUCCCAAAAUUAAGAACAAUAGCACUUCUCCAUCUUCCUGAAUUGAUCAGCAUUUCUAAUGGAUUACACAUGGGUCCAAGUUUAGAAAACAUAGGAAUUUAUAAUUGCCCAAAACUUCAGAGGCUUUCAAAAAUGGAACUGUCAAGUCAGAAUUUGAAAGCCAUCAAAGGAGAAGCCAAGUGGUGGAAAGCAUUGAUGUGGAGUGAAGCAGAAUGGGGAACAGUUGGCCGACCAUCUGUUUUUGAUUGCAUCUUUUCUCCAAUUAAUAAACAGGAUGAUAUUAUGAGUCAACUAGAGUUGGAUGAUGAUAUUGAUGACUGUCCAGGUAAAUCUAACUGA